AUGAGGCUGGCCGGCAAACCCAAGCUCAAGCCCAAUACGCGGCCCGCCAACCAACCUACAAGAUCGGUUGUGCCCCGGCUCACGAGUUGGAGGUCGGAAAACUCGUCCCUUUCGGCUGGUACCCCGCCCGGUCGAUGCCUCGGCACGCUCACCAAACCGAGAUUUUGGGCUUAUAACCGCUGCAUUAUCCAUAAUCGGUCACGCCAGCGGUUGUCUAGCACGGAAAUGGAAGACAGCAGGAACACGUCCGCAAGGCGGCUGCGGGCGGUAGCGGAACAUAUCUCGCCCAGCCAGACCCGACAACUUAGCCAAUCGACAACUGGAUCGUCUGGUAUCGAUUUUUCAGCGUUAUCAAAGCUUCUACCGCAUGAUGGGCCUCCGGGCGGUGCAGUGUGGUAUAUCGUGGUGGCCGCAGCGCUGAUGGCGUUCCAUCGGGAGGCAGCAGUGGGUGCACUGUGGGAACAUAUCGCUUCUACCCAUAAAUCAUCGUCAGAAGAGGAGAAAGCAGUGAUUGCACGACGGAUCAGGGAGAGCUGUUUGAAGGCUAGCGUGCUGGUCGGGUUUCCACGGGGAAUAAACGCUCUCUCAUCACUCCAGGCCGCUCUGGCCAAACAUACACCCACAACGCACCAGCUUCUUUCCGAGGAUUCCUCACUGCGUAGGCCCGUUGAUCCAACGACGAAGCUCGAGCGAGGAACCGCGUUUUUCUCCCGUCUGUACGCUGGUCACACGGGCAGGAUACUCGACAACAUGUCUCGCAACUCGGGCGGGGAUCUAAGCUACUAUGCCCUUGCAAGCGUGUAUGGGGAACUAAUGGCCGAGACCCGUGUUGUGAAUGCGAUGGAGACGGUGCUGAUGGAAUUUGUAUGCUGUUUGGCUGACGACGUCGCACCACAGGCCAAGGGGCACGUAUCACCCUAUCUAUCUACUCACUUCUUCGGCAGCCGCAACAUGGGGGCCUCUGGUGCACAGAUCAAGGGAGCCGUGAACAUCGUACAGGCUGUGGCGAGGCAGGCCGGCCUGUGUGCGCCUGGGGCGGGAGACGAGUACGCCUUUCUAGCAAAGGCUGAUUCGUGGUGA